AUGGCCGACGUCCCUCCCCCGACCCCAUCUGAGCUCCUUCGGAUGGUGACCGAGCUUCAGCAAGCAAAUCAACAAAUGGCGGAGGAAAACCGAAGAAUGCAGGAACAAAUUGCGCAAUUGGUUACUAAUCGGCUGGAACACAAUGAUAAUCUUCAUAAUCGAGAGGAAAAUCAUGAACGUCGGUCAAUACCGACUCAUGUUUCAGAAACGCCCCAGCAAGAGGAAGAAGAAGCCCACCAGACAGAAAGGUCCCAACCAGACGAUGAGGGAGAUGAGCGCGACAAUUCUGCCGGACCAUUCACGGCCGACAUUAUGAAUUUUCAGCUUCCCCGACAGUUCACCCUGCCGAACACUCUGACUCCUUAUGAUGGAUUGGGGGAUCCAAAGCAGCAUAUUAAGAAAUUCCGAUCUAUUAUGAUCGUUAAUGGUGCAUCUGACCCUAUUUUAUGCCGUUGUUUUCCAUCUUUUUUAGACGGUCCUGCACUUGACUGGUUUUGUUCUUUGCCUGCAGAUUCAAUAUCGCGUUUUCAAGAGUUGGCAAAGCAGUUCGAAGACCACUUUGCAGCAUCUGCAAUAUACCUACACGAUUCUGACUACCUGACGACCAUCAAACAAGGACCACAAGAGAGCCUCAAAGAUUACAUCACUCGUUUUACAAAAGUCGCAAUGAGGAUCCCCGACCUUCAUCCUGAAGUCCAUCUCCAUGCAAUUAAGAGCAGCCUCCGUCUGGGCAAGUUUCAGGAGACGAUAGCUGUGAGUAAACCGAAAACCUUGGCCGAAUUCCGCGAAAAGACCAAGGGACAGAUAGAUGUUGAAGAACUUCGGCAAGCCCGCAAAACAGAAAAGUCAACCGCGGCCAAGGACGAUGAUAAGCCCCGCGACAGUAAGAAAGCAUUCAAGCCGGUUCCCCGUUAUGAGUCAUACACUCAAUUCAACACAAAGAGAGAUGACAUUAUUAAGGAAAUACUCAACUCCAAAUUAAUCAAGCCUCCUCGUAAAGCCGGCGCUUAUCCGGAGUCCAAGACCGUUGAUAAAACCAAAUAUUGCACCUUUCAUCAGAAACACAGUCACACAACGGAUGAAUGUGUGAUCGCUAAAGAUCUCCUGGAACGCCUCGCAAGACAAGGACACCUCGACAAGUUCAUUGCCGGGCGUAUGCAGAAGAAUACAACCUCGGCUUCCGACCUUGUGACAGCAAGUCCUUCAUCAAAAGAAAAAGAUAAAACACCAGCCCAACCCAGAGGAAUCAUUAAUUGUAUUUCAGGAGGAUAUGCGGGAGGUGGACAUACUAGCUCAGCACGGAAGAGAACUUAUCGGGCCAUGUUGACCGUCACAGACGCCCCUAAAGUACCUCAGCCGGUCCAAGGCUUACCAGAGAUGACUUUCGGAUCAACCGACUUUAAUCAUACCGAUGCUAAUUACGACGAUCCUGUGGUGAUUUCUAUCCAGUUGGGGGAUCUAAUAGUCCGCAAAGUACUUCUCGACCCCGGAAGUAGUGCAGACGUCCUAUUCUUUACCACCUUCGAAAAGAUGAAACUAAGUAACAAAAUUCUGCAACCAUACCAUGGAGACUUGGUCGGAUUUUCCGGGGAACGAGUCCCUGUUUUGGGUUCCGUGUGGUUACAAACCACACUCGGUGAGCAACCAUUAUUUAAGACACAAGACAUUCAAUAUCUUGUUGUCGACUGUUUUAGUCCUUACAAUCUCAUAUUAGGUAGACCAUUUUUGAAUAAAUUUACAGCAAUUGUGUCUACAGUUCAUCUGUGUGUUAAGUUCCCUGUGCAGGAUAAUUUAGUGGCAACAAUACAUGGUGACCUCCAUGAAGCUCGGCAAUGCUAUAAUACAAGCCUGAAGCCGAUCAAAAGGAACAACUUGGUUCAGGUCAACUCAAUCCAACCUGACCAACCAAGUUUAACGGAAAUAGAUCCCAGAGCCGACUUUGAAGAUCGGCCCAUGCCAAACGAGGAUUUAGCAAAGGUAAACCUGACCGAGGACCCCGCCAAAUACACCUUCAUGGGGACAUCUAUCAGCAAAGAGGAGAAGGAAUCACUCACAACGUUUUUACGACAAAAUGCCGACUUGUUUGCCUGGACAUCUGCCGAUAUGCCCGGAAUAGACCCAUCUGUUAUCACCCACAGGUUAGCAAUUAAUCCAGAAGUUCGCCCAGUUUCUCAAAAGAAAAGAAACCUCGGAGCAGAAAAACGCCUCGCCUCCCUGGCCGAGGUCAAAAAGCUCAUUGCCGCAAAUUUCAUCAGAGAAAUCAGGUUCACAACAUGGCUCGCCAAUGUUGUUAUGGUAAAAAAGAGUAACGGUAAGUGGCGCAUGUGCGUCGAUUUUACUGACCUAAAUAGGGCAUGCCCCAAAGAUGCUUAUCCUUUACCUUGCAUUGACACUUUAGUUGACAAUUCCUGCGGUUAUGGUUCGCUGAGUUUUAUGGACGCAUACUCUGGUUAUAACCAGAUCCUCAUGCAUCCAUCAGACAAAGAUAAAACUGCCUUUAUAACUGAAUAUGGUAAUUACUGCUAUAAUGUUAUGCCUUUUGGUCUAAAGAAUGCAGGUGCAACAUAUCAGCGAUUAAUGAAUAAGGUUUUCGAGAACCAAAUAGGUCGGAAUAUCGAAGUCUAUGUGGACGACAUGGUGGCAAAGACCAUGGUCGGCAACUCUCACAUACAGGACCUAGCCGAGAUUUUCGGGCAGAUCCGACGAUAUAACAUGAGACUGAAUCCUGAAAAGUGUGCGUUCGGAGUACGCGGGGGAAAAUUCCUCGGAUUCAUUCUUACCAGCCGAGGAAUUGAAGCAAAUCCUGAAAAAUGUCAGGCGAUCCUUGAUAUGCAAAGCCCAAAAACGGUAAAAGAGGUGCAACGACUAACAGGACGCCUCGCAGCCUUAUCCAGAUUUCUACCCUGCUUGGCAGCAAAGUCUUUUACCUUUUUCCAAUGUUUAAAAAAGAAAACAAAAAAUUUUGAAUGGACUGCAGACUGUGAAUCAGCGUUUCAAAAUUUAAAACAAUUACUUUCAAAACCACCUGUUUUACAAAAGCCAAAACCUAAUGAGCCAUUAUGUAUAUACUUAUCUAUUACUGAUACAGCAAUUAGUUCUGUCCUUGUAACAGAAACGCAGGAAGGUCAGCAGCCGAUCUAUUUUGUGAGUAAAUCAUUGCAGGGUGCCGAGCUUCGAUAUCCAAAAUUGGAAAAGCUGACGUUGGCCUUAGUCUUCUCCUCGAGACGACUCCGACCAUAUUUCCAGGGACACACUAUCAUCGUCAGGACCGAACAACCUCUUCGGCACGUCCUCUCAAAGCCGGAAUUAGCAGGCAGACUUAUCAAAUGGGCAAUCGAACUUUCUGAAUUCGAUAUCCAAUACCAGCCAAGAGGAUCCGUCAAAUCCCAAUACCUAGCAGAUUUUGUGGCAGAGCUUACCCAACCAAAUAUGGAUGAGCAGAACUCGGACUGGAGCUUGUUUGUAGAUGGAGCCUCAAAUCCCCAAGGCUCAGGUGCAGGGGUAUUACUCGAAAGUCCUGAAGGUAUCAUCCUCGAACAUUCUCUCCGAUUCUCCUUCAAAGCUAGUAAUAACCAAGCCGAGUAUGAAGCCCUCGUCGCCGGGCUCAGGUUAGCAAUUGAUUUACACAUUACCACAUUAAAGGUUUACUGCGAUUCCCUAUUGAUAGUCCAACAGGUUAACCAAGUCUUUCAAACUAAAGAUCAGCUUUUAUUGAAAUACUUAGAGCUUGUACAGCAGUUAGCAAAUGGCUUUCGAAAAAUUGAAAUUUGCCACAUUCCUAGAGAACAAAAUCAUAGGGCUGAUAUUCUAUCAAAACUAGCUACUACACAGUCACACACAGCAACAUUAUUACAGUCAACCUUAGACAAGCCGAGCAUACAUGUCAUGAGCACUUUAAACGUUUUCAAUGAAACAAGUUGGCAACUACCUUACAUACAGUAUUUAAAAGAGGGUUCUCUUCCCAAAGAAAUCUCAGAUAAGAAAAAAUUUCGACGGCAAGCUUCUUUCUUCACUUUAAUGAAUAACACUCUGUAUAGGCGGGGAUACUCCCGACCACUUUUGAAAUGUUUAGACAGGAAUGAUGCCGAUCUUGUGUUAGCCGAAGCCCAUGAAGGAAUAUGCGGCAUACAUUCGGGGGCAAGAAGCCUCGCACAGAAAAUACUUCGAGCCGGUUUUUACUGGCCGAGUCUGUGGGAGGAUAGCAGAAAGAAGGUCAGAACUUGUGACCAGUGUCAAAAACACGCACCGAUCAUUAACAUCCCAGCGGAGCAGCUUCACCAGUCUGUAGUAAGCUGGCCGUUUAACCAGUGGGGAAUUGACAUCCUCGGCCCCUUUCCUACCGCACCGGGACAAUUGAAAUAUUUGGUCAUGGCUAUUGAUUACUUCAACAAAUGGAUUGAAGCACAACCCCUGGCAAGAAUCACGUCCUCCCAGAUGAUAUCCUUUGUUUGGAAACAAAUCAUAUGCAGAUUCGGAAUUCCCCGGCAUCUUGUCACCGACAAUGGUCGGCAGUUUACCGACCAUAGUUUUAAGGACUUCCUACAGAAGCUGAAGAUAAAUCACCACUUUUCAUCGGUAGAACACCCACAAUCUAAUGGCUUAGCAGAAGCCGCCAACAAGGUCGUCCUGCACGCUUUAAGGAAAAAGCUCGACAACGCCAAAGGGCUCUGGGCCGAGCUUAUCCCAGAGGUAUUAUGGUCAUACAAUACUACCGUGCAUACAUCAACAAAAGAAACCCCUUUUAGGUUGGUCUAUGGAUCCGAGGCUAUGAUUCCCAUAGAAGUUUCACAACAAUCAUUAAGAGCCUUAGCUGAGAAUCAUGAUCAAGCUCGCCGAGCAGAACUUGACUUGAUAGAAGAGGUUAGGAAUACAGCAGCCGUCCGUCACCAGGCCCUACAGCAGCAACUAAAUCGAAGACAUGCCAAACGAGUACAACCAAGGUCUUUCAACAUCGGAGAUCUGGUCCUGAGGAAAACUGAAGCGGCUCGCCGACCACCCUCCCACGGAAAACUCGCAGCAACAUGGGACGGACCCUAUCGUAUACUUGAAGUCCUCGGCAGAGGAGCUUACAGACUAGAACAUUUGGAUGGCACCAAGAUUCCGAGUUCAUGGAAUGUCAGUUCUUUAAAGCAAUAUUUCAGUUAA